GAGCCUGCGCCGGCGCCUCUGGGAGCCAAGCCCCACCUCCUGAUUCCCGGUCCCGCCCAGCCCUGAGGAAGGGGCCACCUCUGCGACGCCGUAUCCGGAACACCCGGUUAAGGCUCGAGGCGGACCUGGGUGUCAGCAUCGAUUCCGUCUGCCCUGGGGUAGCUUGCUGUGUGACCUUGGGUCACCCCUCAAAAUCUCUCCGAGUCCCGAGGUCUUUGCUUUAAAAAUCCCAAUCCUUGGGCAAAAUGACCUACUAAGUCCCUCCACUAAACAUCUAAGUACUGUAUGUGAUCCACCGUAAACCCCUUGAGGGCAGGGCCUUUCAUUUUUUAUGUUUGGUGACCCAGGGCCAUCCCCUGAGAUUACAGUCCAUCUGUGGGCAUCUUGGCUCCGCCUGGCUAUUUAUUGUUGUCUCCAUUAGAAUGAAAGUUCCUGGAGGACAGGCAAGGUUUUUGCUUUUUCUUUGUAUCCCUGGUGUUUAGUGUAGGGUCUGGCACUAGAUAGACAGACAGGCAGGCAGAUAGAGACAGACAGGUAAGUAAAGGGUAAUGAUAGAUGAUAGAGAUGAUACCUAGGUGGGUAGACUGACUUAGAUAAAAUAGAGGGACAGAGGCAGGCAAUAUAUAGAUGGAUUAGAUAAGUAGGUAGAUCGAUGAUAGGUUGAUUGGUAAAUGGUAACAGUAGAUGAUUGAAAUAAUGAUAGGUAGGUGAGUAGAUAGAAACUGACUAGAUUAUAGGUAGAUUGGACAUAUACUAGAUAGAUAAGUCUAGGUAGACAGACUAAACAGAUAGGUAGGUAGACAGACAGGCUCUGGUUAGGCAGGUGGGUAGAACGUAGAUUGAGAGAGAGCACGUUUAAAGCAGUUAACUAAGAUUGAGGCCAAAGUGUUAAUGGCUGCUUUGCUGAAUGAAUGAAUGUCGGAUUUAUAUAUGAGAAAACUGGGGGCAGAGAAAGAACUUUCCCGGCUUGUACAGCUAAUAAGUGGCAGCAGCAGUCUUCAUUUACCCUGUCUUUCUAGUUUGUAUAUAGUAGUUUGCACGUUGUUCCUCCGCUUAGCAGGUGAGUUUCUGGAGGGUAGGGGCUGCUUUUGCUCUUUUGUACAUUAGCCUAGUCGUAACCAGCGCUGGCUGACUGACUCUGGAGACCGCAGUGCGGCUCUGGCGCCAGCACCUGCAUCUCCCUAGCUAUGAGUAUGUACGUGUCACUUUCCAGGGAAGGGCGGUGCUAGGCUGCAAGCGGUAGUUAUAGACAGGGAAGGCGGUUUCCAAGCCGGCAGUUUGAACUUGUAGCACCUUUUCCAGCACGGAAGUUCCACGUGUUUCUGAUGAAUAAGCGUCCCGGGAGGAGGAAACUGGAGGCGGUGCUAGACUCUAGGCCCCAACAUCUAAUUGACUGCCUUCGGUUAGGCUCCGCCCCGAUCAGGGAAGUCCAACCUCGGGAACAACAUCUCUGAUUCUGAUUGACUGCAGAUCAGCCCAAGCCCCGCCUCCUCUCCGCUCCAAUUGGCUGUUGCCCUCUCCAGGCCCAUGGCCGCUCCCCAGCCAUAGUAUGGCUUCCUCGCCACCGCUCCCUAAGAAGAAUUCGGAGUACCGGGAGACCCAGUACUGGGACGAGCGCUACCGGCAUGCACUGGAUACCGCCCCCUACGAGUGGUUCGGCAACUUCGAGGCCUUCCGGGACCUCUUGGAGCCCGAGCUGCAACCGGAGGAUCGGAUCCUAGUGCUAGGCUGUGGGAACAGCGCCCUGAGCUAUGAGCUUUGGCGUGGGGGCUUCCCCGACGUGGUCAGUGUGGAUUACUCUCCAGUCGUGGUGGCUGCUAUGCGGGACCGCUACGCCCACGCCCCCUCGCUGCGCUGGGAAACCAUGGACGCCCGAGCCCUCAGUUUCCCCACGAGCUCCUUUGAUGUGGUGCUAGAGAAGGGGACCCUGGACGCUCUGCUGGCCGGAGAACGAGACCCCUGGGCAGUGUCUGCUGAGGGCAUCCAGACUGUGGAGGAAGUACUCAGGGAGAUGUUGGAGUAUAAGCGGGCCACUCUUCGGGAUGACGAGGCUCCAGAGCCUUCGCCAGAUGGCAUUGCCUCUCCGGACACUGUGGAGGUGGGCUUCCGAAAAAGGGCAGGACAUCUCCUGGGCUCCCGAACACAGCUAGAACUGGUUUUAAUGGGCAUCUCUAUGCUGCUGGGCAUCUUGCUCUUGGGUUGUUCCAUUGCCCUAGUGGUCCAGUACAGCCAAGCCACAGGCUCAUUAAAUAACAUCUGCCUGACAGAAGCCUGCAUUCGCGUGGCUGGGAAGAUCCUAGAGUCUCUGGACCGUGAGGUGAGCCCUUGUGAAGACUUUUACCAAUUCUCCUGUGGUGGCUGGAUGCGACGAAACCCACUCCCUGAUGGGCGUUCCAGGUGGAAUACCUUCAACAGCCUCUGGGACCAGAAUCAGGCUGUGCUGAAACAUUUACUUGAGAAUGAGACCUUCAACUCUAGCAGCGAGGCAGAGCGCAAGACCCAGCGUUACUAUCUCUCCUGCCUCCGAGAGCCACGAAUCGAGGAGCUGGGGGCCCAGCCCCUCCGAGACCUCAUUGACAAGAUCGGGGGCUGGAACAUCACGGGACCCUGGGCCCAGGACAACUUCAUGGAGGUGCUGAAGAUGGUGUCUGGCACCUACCGGGCCAGCCCGUUCUUCACCGUCUACGUCAGUGCUGACGCCAAAAGCUCUAACAGCAACGUCAUCCAGGUAGAUCAGUCUGGCCUCUUUCUGCCUUCCAGGGAUUACUACCUGAACAGAACAGCCAAUGAGAAAGUGCUCGAAGCAUACUUGGACUACAUGGUGGAACUGGGCACUCUGCUGGGGGGCCACCCUGACUCCACCAGGGAGCAGAUGCAGCAGGUGAUAGAGCUGGAGACAGAGCUGGCCAACAUCACGGUGCCCCAGGACCAGAGGCGGGACGAGGAAAAAAUCUACAAUAAAAUGAGCAUCUCUGAGCUGCAGGCCCUGGCCCCCUCAGUGGAGUGGCUGGAUUUCCUAUCUUUCGCCCUGUCGCCCCUGGAGCUGGGAGAUGCAGAGCCCGUGGUGGUAUAUGGGACCGACUAUUUGCAGCAGGUGUCAGAGCUCAUCAGUCGCACAGAGAGAAGCAUUCUGAACAAUUACUUGGUUUGGAACCUUGUCCAGAAGACUGCUUCCAGCCUAGACAGGCGCUUUGAGGUGGCACAAGAGAAGCUGAUGGAGACUCUCUAUGGGACUAAGAAGUCUUGUACACCCCGCUGGCAGACCUGUAUCUCCAACACUGAUGAUGCUCUUGGUUUUGCCUUGGGAUCCCUUUUUGUGAAAGCCAUGUUUGACCGUGAGAGCAAGGAGAUUGCAGAGGGGAUGAUCAGUGAAAUAAGGACUGCCUUUGAAGAGGCCCUGGGACAGUUGGUUUGGAUGGAUGAGAGGACACGGCAAGCAGCCAAAGAGAAAGCUGAUGCCAUCUAUGACAUGAUUGGCUUUCCUGACUUUAUCUUGGAUCCCAAAGAACUGGAUGAUGUUUACGAUGGUUAUGAAGUUUCAGAAGAUUCUUUCUUCCAGAACAUGUUGAAUUUGUACAACUUUUCUGCCAAGGUGAUGGCUGACCAACUUCGCAAGCCUCCCAAUCGGGACCAGUGGAGCAUGACCCCACAGACGGUGAACGCCUACUAUCUUCCGACCAAGAACGAGAUUGUCUUCCCCGCUGGCAUUCUGCAGGCCCCCUUCUAUGCCCGAAGCCACCCCAAGGCCUUGAACUUUGGAGGCAUCGGCGUGGUGAUGGGUCAUGAGCUGACACAUGCCUUUGAUGACCAAGGAAGGGAGUAUGACAAAGAGGGGAACCUCCGACCUUGGUGGCAGAAUGAAUCCCUGGCCGCAUUUCAGAACCACACAGCUUGUAUGGAGGAGCAGUAUGGACGGUACCAGGUCAACGGUGAGCGGCUCAAUGGACGGCAGACAUUAGGCGAGAACAUUGCCGACAACGGGGGUCUCAAGGCUGCUUAUAAUGCUUACCAAAUGUGGCUGAGGAAGCACGGGGAGGAGCAGCACCUCCCAGCUGUGGGAUUCACUAACCACCAGCUCUUCUUUGUGGGAUUUGCCCAGGUGUGGUGCUCUGUGCGCACUCCUGAGAGCUCUCACGAGGGCUUGGUGACGGACCCCCACAGCCCUGCCCGCUUCCGAGUGCUGGGCACUCUCUCCAAUUCCCGGGAUUUCCUUCGACACUUCAACUGCCCCGUCGGCUCUCCCAUGAACCCCGGGCAACUCUGCGAGGUGUGGUAGGGGCCGAGAGCCGGCUGUGCCCCCAGACGGCCCUUCCCUGCAGCUGGCGCCCUUUGCCCGCCCCGGGGCCCUGGGCCUUUCUGCCAGGGAGCCAGACGCUGGGGCGGCAGUGCCAGGCUGUCCUCUCCCCAGAGCCUGGCAUCCAGCUAAAGCUGAGCGAGCCCCAGGCCUUGCUUCCCUCUGCUGACUGUGAUGCCGUACCCGCAGGUCCCCGUCCCGACCCCUUCUCUUCACCACCACGAUGUGCCACUGGUUGGAGGCGGUAACUCAGGCCUGAGCUGAGCCCCUCCUUCGUUCACUGUGACAGCCUCUUCUUCCUGCAGAGGGCUUGUUUCCAGCCUAGAUGCUAGCCAGAUUUCUGGGGGGCUGGGAGGGUAGAAAGCCCACUCAGGGGGGAGCUCAGCAAAGGAUGUAGGGAUUGAUGGGCUCUGUCUGGAACAAGAUCUGGGUCCCCUCCCUCCUGCAUUAAAGGAGCUGGCCCCCUGGAAGGACCUGUGUGCUGAUGGUCUGAGUGGCCCCCUGGGCAGGGGUCUCCUGACUCGGCAGGGGCUGGGGUUUGAGAGCGACGAGGGCACCACGUUUCAGGGGUGUGAAGGAACGUCGCAAAGUAGUCCCUGGGCCCUCUGGCAUCCCCAGAAAACUCACUGCCUUCCUCAGGAACCCAGACAGAGCCUGGCUGGGUCUCCAUUUGGUCCCUGGGUCAGGAGUUGGUCCUCAGCGCCCCUGUACCUGGCCUGGGCAGCUGCCCCUGGUCCUGCCACUCCCAGCUCCUGCUGUCUCCCCUGCCCUGGGGACGGCUUCGAGUUGGAGUCUCCAUCCAGAACGCCUUUGCCCAAGGCAUUCCUGCUCAAGCUGAGGGAAGGGGUAGGAGGGAAUGUAGACAACCACAGUGUCUUAGGCUGCAGGCUUAGGCGGUCCCCCAGAAACCCCAGCUCGGGCAGAGGGAGGAGGGGAGGGGGUUGGGCAGAGUUUAUUUUUACAUGGAUGGUGGGAGGGGAAGAAGGUGGUCUCCAUCCUACAAUGAUACUUUGCCAAUAAACAAGUGUAAAUCA